AUGGGAAAGGGCAAAAAUAAGCAAUCUGAAGAUAGAGCGACGAAAACUCGAACCUCCAACGGCCACAAGUCCAAGCAGCAUCAUGUCAGAAAAGGCAGACAAGAAGAAGGCGCUAACAGGAACACAGCAGAUGCGAAGUUCCCAGUGAAGUUAGCCAUGUGGGAUUUCGACCAUUGCGACCCGAAAAGAUGCUCGGGAAAAAAGCUAGAGAGACUCGGAUAUAUACGAAAUAUGCGAGUGGGUCAAAAAUUUCAAGGCAUCGUGGUAUCUCCCAAUGGAAAGGGUGUGGUUUGUCCGGACGACAGAGAGAUUGUUGAAAGCUUUGGAGCUGCCGUGGUAGAGUGUCUGUGGGCAAGGCUUGACGAGAUUCCGUUCAACAAAAUUGGAGGCAAGCAUGAGAGACUAUUACCGUACUUGGUGGCCGCAAACACAGUGAACUACGGCAGGGCAUGGAAGCUCAACUGCGUAGAGGCACUUGCAGCUUGCUUUGCCAUUGUUGGGCACGUUGACUGGGCCGAGGAGCUUCUCAAGAACUUUUCUUGGGGGCUCACGUUUUUGAAGAUCAACAAGGAGCUCAUCGAGGUGUACCAGCAGUGUACAGACUCGGAGUCGGUAGAGAAGGCACAGGCGGAUUGGUUGGAGAAGUUGGAGGAGGAACUGAAGCAGCGGAAGGAACAGAGCGCCACGGAAGACGUCUGGAUGAUGGGGAAUGUGAACCGCCAGAACGAAAGCGAGGAGGAGGCUGAGGAAGAGGAUGAGGCUGAGGAUGAAAGUGACGUGGAAUACGACAACUUGGGAAACAUCAUACCUAAGAAGCAAGAAAGGUAUGAUAAGUUGGGCAACUUGAUAACUGAAAAUGAGGAGAUGGAAGAAAGUGAAGAAGAGACGGAGAGCGACGAAGACGUUCAGUACGACAAGUUGGGCAAUAUCAUCAAGCCAAACACUAUAUUGAGUGGCGAAGCAUUGGAGUCACUACAUGUGUAA